UUCUGCUUUUGGGGCCUUCAUUCAUUUUGCUACAUGGAGAAAACACCUAGAACACAGCUGGAGGAGACGCCGGAGCUUCACAGACAGCAGUCAGGAUGGUCUAUAUCGCCGCUUUGCCUUUUGGACAUGGAGUGUCUGUCUUGACGGAGGAGGAAAGCGUGGUGGAGAUGAUAGGAAAGUACUUCUUCCAGCACAAAGCCCCGGGCCGCUUCUACAGUUCGGCCCGGGGGGGAAGCGUUGAGAGCUGCGAUGAGAGAGACGGCGGCUGGCCUUUCACAAACGUGGACGCUGGUGUGGAGGAUGAGCAGCGGCUCCUUCAUCAGGACCUGACCCGGCAGCUGGAGUCCUGUCUGACGGAAGCCAAGUCGUCCGUCCUCCGCUGCCAGGAGCUGCUGCUGCCCCGCAACGUGAUCACCCGGGUCGGACACCACAUCCUGCGCUACGCCGCCGCCGAGCCCUGCGGGCUCCGAGGCGCUUCCAUCAGGCUUUACGUGGAGGGCAAAGAUGGCCUGAAGUCUGUGGGGAGCAUCGUGCCGGACCCGGCUGUCACCCCGACCUUUGAGCUCUCUGUGGUGUUCAAGGUGGACAAGGAGGACGGCUGGCACAUCUUCAGUUCUCAGCCAGAUCAUUUUCGAGCCACUUGGUGACUUUUGUUCCAGCGU